AGGACACUGUUGCCUGCAUCCACUUCCAACGGAGCAAGUAGCAUUUGGGGGAGAAAAAAAGCAAGCAAAACCCCACCGACAGUCCUCAUGGCUGCCAAAAAGGGCCUUGAGAGAAUGUGCCUUGUGAGCGAGAGGGACACCAAGAAAUACUCCUUAGCCCUAGACAGGAUGAGCUGGCACCAGAAGAAUUUCAAUGAAGAGAGGCAGCAGCAGGAAGAAGAAAAUGCCGAACCUAAUCAAGCUUAUCACUGUCAUGGUGACUCACAGGCCUAUGAAGACAGGAAAACAGAGCAGCACCAAGCACGGAGGAAGCUCUACACAGCAUCAGUAAUUUGCAUCAUCUUCAUGGUUGCCGAGAUUACAGGGGAUUAUAUCGCUGGCAGCCUGGCGGUGGUCACCGAUGCAGCGCACAUCCUGGUGGACCUGACGAGCUUCCUCAUCAGUCUCUUCUCGCUGUGGUUGGCCUCCAAGCCUCCCACCAAGCAGUUAACUUUUGGGUGGCACCGAGCAGAAGUUCUGGGAGCUUUGAUGUCUAUGAUAAUCGUUUGGAUGGUGACUGGUGUGCUGACAUAUUUGGCUAGCAUGAGGCUGCUACACCCCAAUUAUGAUAUUGAUGCAACAGUGAUGCUCAUCACCUCUGCUUGUGCUGUGCUUGCCAAUAUCCUACUAAGCCUGAUUCUGCACCAGACUGGACAUGGGCAUAGCCACGGGGCACAAGCCAGGGAAACCAUGCUGGCCUCUCAGGAAAAGCCAGCAGUGAGCAAUGCCAGCCUGCGGGCAGCCUUUGUGCAUGCCGUUGGGGAUUUAUUCCAGAGUAUUAGUGUGCUAAUUAGUGCACUUAUCAUCUUCUUUAAGCCAGAAUACAAAAUAGCUGAUCCAAUCUGCACAUUUGUGUUUUCCAUCUUUGUUUUGGCAACCACCAUCACCAUUUUAAGGGAUAUUUUGAUUGUGUUAAUGGAAGGAACAGAGAAAGGACUUACUUAUGAUGCAGUGAAAGCAAGAAUUUUAGCAGUUGAGAAAGUGGAGUCUGUUCACAACCUUCAUCUUUGGUCUCUGACAAUGAAUCAAACGAUUCUAUCUGCUCAUGUGGCCACAGACACAGUGGACAGUCAGAAGAUUUUGAAAGACAUCACCCAAGCCCUUUUUGAGCACUACAGCUUCCACUCCAUCACCAUUCAAAUUGAAUCAGGAGAGGAUCAGAAACAAAACUGUGUCUUCUGUCAGGAGCCAAGGGAUUAAAGGAAGCAUUAUGUUAUGCAAAAUAAUGACCACUCUUACAGGUCAAUGGAGACUGUAUGUGAUAGUUAUUUGUAAUUGAUUAACAACAAAUGGUAAUUAACUGAACUAAAAAGCCCUGCCACUGAGAGCUGUGCAAGGACCAUUAUUUGUUGGUAUUAGGUCCAUCCAUCAGCUAGAUUACCUGUCCAUCACUGGCUACCUUCAAUUACAAGAGAUUCUAAAUUAUUCCUCAAUGGUGUGACAGGCUGGCACUAAAGCAACAUUAAAGAGUCCCUGUUUGUAAUCACAGGUAACAAAAAGCUAAUAAGCCUUCAAAUUACUCACAGACUAAUUAUCAAAAAAGGUAAUGAAAUGUAAAUUUGGUAUUAGCAAAGUUCAACACUGUUACUCAGGAUAAAGGGGAAAAUUUAAGCUAGCGUGAGGGAUGAGAAUAUCUGGGAAACAAAGGCAUGAUGAUAAGUGCUUUCCUUGCCUUCUGGUGGAUACUCUACCUCCUCAGAUGUGUACCAUAUUCUUCAGCAUGUUUCACAGAAGGGUUCAUUCCAUUCAAAUUUGGUAAAUAGUUCUUCAUUUCAUGGCUAGUCCUAUUUAUUUUUCAGCUAGCCCUCAGCCAAACUCUUUCCUACCAGACACAGGCAAUACCGAGACAACUCAUAACUCAUAUUGCCCAACACAAUGACAAACUGCGAUGGAACAUCUGUAGCAGAUUUUUGGAAGUCCUUGUCACAAGGUGCUGCUGGGUUGUGACAAUAAAAAAGACCAAGUGCUCCUAGAAAAUGAAAAAUUAGAACAAGAAAAGACUUAGGGGACUUUGUGAACAUUAAAUAUAACAUCCUUCAUAGUAAUGCCUGCGGAGUAUAACUCACUGAUAAUCCCUGAAUUGAUAUCAGAUAAUUAAAAAUCCUUUGGUAUUUCACACCGUCAUUCACUGAUCAGGGAAGGGACAUACCCACCCUUUGGGCAGCAAAUUCCCAGAUUUCCUGACAAAGGUGUAUGUUAAAACUUCCUCUUCAACAUUUCAGGCUAUGGUCACUAUAGAAAUGGAGACCAGAGUUAGUCUUGCUGCAGUCCCUCUACUUUUGUCCAACUACACAAGUUAAACUCUGUCUUGUUAGUAAAAACAACGCUUGCACUUGAAAAUGCUUACUCAAGUGUUUCUUCAGAAAACAACUUUAAUUCUGCUCUUGACCAUAAUAGAGCAGCUUCAAUUUCCAUGCAGAGCUAGACUUAAUGUUUUCCAACUCCACACUUCUUUCUCCCACAGCUGUAGGGCUCAUUUUAUUAACAAGUUACUUAAAACAUAAAGUAUGUGAAACCAGGUGGUAC